GAAGCCCCCAGAAAAAAUCUCUUCUUUUUAACAAAGAUCCACUGGCAUCUCGGGUCAGUCUGUUUGGGUCCAAGCUCCAUACGCCUCGACUCUCCCGCCGUCCCGGCUGCCGGCCUUCAACUGUCGGAAAACGUUCCACGCUGGCCGUUUUCUUCUCUCCACGUUCUCUGAAGCGGCUUAGUUUUUCAAGAUUUUGAAAUUCCGGCCAUUAGGUACCGGAAUCUGAACCCCAGCGCGCCUUUCUCGCCCCUUCUUCUUUGAUGCUCUCAGAUCAGCUCAGAUGAAAGAGAAUAGACGAAAUUAAGUCUCGCAAAGCAGGGUGGAACAUGUCCUCAUUGAAGGCGUCAUCCCUUCCUCUUCUUCUUGAUAUAGAAGAUUUUAAGGGAGAAUUUUCAUUUGAUGCAUUAUUUGGGAAUUUAGUGAAUGAAAUUUUACCGUCUUCUCACGAUGAGGAGAAAGACUCAUCAGAUGGACAGGAUUUGAUGCCCAAUGGGCAUCUCCGAGUUUCUUCCGAAACAACAAAACCAACACAAGGACCCCCUGCUCCUUUGUUUCCGGAAGCUGAUGCUCUCCUGGAUUUGUUUAAAGACUCAUGUAGAGAGUUGGCUGACCUUCGCCAUCAGAUUGAUGCAAGGCUGAGCGAUUUGAAGAGGGAAGUUUCUCUUCAAGAUGCCAAGCACCGCAAGACACUGUCUGAGCUGGAAAGAGGUGUGGAUGGUCUAUUUGACAGCUUUGCUAGGUUGGAUUCCCGUAUUUCUAGUGUGGGACAAACGGCUGCUAAAAUUGGAGAUCAUCUGCAGAGUGCAGAUUCUCAGAGGGAAACUGCCAACCAAACGAUAGAGCUCAUUAAGUACCUAAUGGAGUUCAACAGCAGUCCGGGUGAUCUAAUGGAACUUUCACCGCUGUUUUCUGAUGAUAGUCGUGUUGCUGAGGCUGCUUCAAUUGCACAAAAACUGCGGUCAUUUGCUGAGGAGGAUAUUGGGAGACAUGGUAUUGCGGGGGGAUCAGUUAUGGGUACUUCUAAUGCAAGUAGAGGGCUAGAAGUUGCAGUUUCAAAUCUCCAGGACUACUGUAAUGAACUGGAAAAUAGGCUGCUGUCUCGGUUUGAUGCUGCAUCACAGAGGCGAGAACUAUCAACAAUGGCAGAAUGUGCUAACAUUUUGUCUCAGUUUAAUAGAGGAACAAGUGCCAUGCAGCGCUAUGUGGCUUCUCGAUCAAUGUUCAUUGAUGUAGAGGUAAUGAAUGCGGAUGCAAGGAUGGUUCUUGGGGAUCAAGGUUUGCAAGCAGGUCCUACAAAUGUUGCCCGUGGUCUCUCAGCAGUAUACAAAGAAAUUACGGAAACUGUGCGUAAAGAAGCCGCCAUAAUAAUGGCUGUCUUUCCGUCUCCUGAUGAAGUCAUGGCAAUUCUGGUGCAGCGAGUUUUAGAGCAAAGGGUGACAGCCAUUUUAGACAAGUUAUUGCUGAAGCCAUCUCUGGUAAACUUACCUCCUGUUGAAGACGGUGGACUAUUGCUGUAUCUUAGAAUCCUAGCUGUUGCCUAUGAGAAGACUCGGGAGCUCGCUAAAGAGUUACAAUCUGUUGGAUGUGGUGAUUUGGAUGUUGAAGGUCUCACAGAAUCUCUAUUUCUUACUCACAAAGACGAGUAUCCUGAAUAUGAGCAAGCUUCUCUGCACCAACUAUUUCAGGCCAAGAUGGAAGAAUUGCGUUCAGGGACACCCCAACAAUCUGACUCCAAUAGUACUGUCUCCCGUUCAAAAGUAGCUAUAUCUCCACCUGCACAUCAGCAGAUAUCUGUUGCUGUAGUUACUGAGUUUGUGCGUUGGAAUGAGGAAGCAAUCGGUAGAUGCACUUCACUAUCUUUUCAGCCUGCUACUCUUGCCAGCAACGUACGGUCAAUCUUCACUUGCUUGCUUGAUCAAGUAAGUCAGUAUACUACAGAGGGACUGGAGAGGACAAGAGAAGCUCUAAAUGAAGCUGCUGCCUUGAGGGAAAGAUUUGUGAUUGGUGCCAGUGUCAGCAAAAGGGUGGCUGCUGCAGCUGCUUCAGCAGCAGAGGCUGCUGCUGCUGCUGGUGAAAGCAGUUUCAGAUCCUUUAUGGUAGCUGUGCAGCGUGCAACUAGUAAUGUGACAGUAGUCCAACAAUAUUUUGCAAACUCCAUUUCUAGGUUACUACUACCUGUGGAUGGGGCUCAUGCUGCCUCUUGUGAAGAAAUGGCAACAGCAAUGUCCAGUGCUGAAGGUGCUGCACUGAAGGGGUUGCAACAAUGUAUUGAUACCGUGAUGGCUGAGGUAGAACGGCUUCUAGGGGCGGAGCAGAAGGCCAGUGACUAUCGUUCUCCUGAUGAUGGAAAUGCUCCUGACCAUAGGCCAACAAAUGCUUGCAUACGAGUCGUAGCAUACCUCUCCCGUGUACUGGAUGCAGCAUACACUGCCUUAGAAGGUCUCAACAAACAGGCUUUCCUCACAGAACUGGGAAAUCGCUUCCAUAAAGGGCUGCUCAAUCAUUGGCAGAAGUUCAUGUUUAAUCCCAGUGGUGGCCUUCGUUUGAAGCGUGACAUCACAGAGUAUGGGGAAUUUGUUCGUAGCUUCAAUGCGCCUGCUGUCGACGAGAAGUUUGAAUUGCUGGGCAUCAUGGCCAAUGUUUUCAUUGUCUCCCCUGAUAGCCUUGCAAGCCUGUUUGAGGGAAGCCCAAAUAUUCGGAGGGACGCUUUCAGGUUCAUUCAGUUGAGGGAAGACUUCAAGAGUGCAAAAAUUGCAUCCAGGCUGAACUCCUUGACGCUUGCAUGAGCUUGAACUGUUACUUGUGUCUCAGUUUCCAAAUAUGAAGCCAAUUGGGCUUGGUUUGGGCCGUAGCCCAUCCAUGUGACCUCUUUUCAGUAUCUAUCGUUAUUUAUUUUUGUUCCUAUGAUGGCUCUGAGAGGACAGCGAGAAGUAAUAGUAGAUACAAGGCCCGAAAAUUCUUCAAGGUGAGUGUGCCUGAGCGGCCACUGAUUUUGAAAAAAAUGGUUUGUGUAUUUUGUGUGUUUUGUAGGUGUAGUUUUCCCCAUUUGAUUUGGACGAUUUGUUUGUGGAAAGGCUAGGAGUACAAUUGAGAAUGUAACCUAUCCAACAAAAAUAGAGGAUCUGUUUAUUUCAUAUUUGCGUGAUUUGUUGA